AUGUCAAAUGGUGGAGACUUUGGUACGGCUAAAUACUUAAGCAAAAAGAUGAAGGCAAAGGGCCUCCAAAAGCUGAAGUUCUAUUGUCAAAUUUGUUUGAAGCAAUGCCGUGAUGAAAAUGGUUUCAAACAACAUAUUAAAUCACCUUCCCAUCUUGCAAAGAUUUCCAAAAUUACAAAGGAUGAUAUUGACUCAUUUUCUAUCAAAUUUGAGAAAGACUUUUUGAGGCUUCUUAGAUUAUCUCAUGGGGAGAAAAAGAUCGAGGCAAACAAAUUCUAUAAUGAGUUCAUUCAAGAUAAAGACCAUACCCACAUGAAUGCUACCCGUUUUACAUCACUGAGCAAAUUUAUCCAGCAUUUGAGUAAGACUGGUAAAGUAAAAAUAUAUGGUCUAGAUAGCAUAUCAGGCAACAAAGACAUAGAUAUGGGAACGUUAAUGAUAAGCUAUAUCGACACCUCUAGUGAAAAUCUUCUACAUAAACAGAGGAUUCAGGAAUUGGAAUCUAGUGAGAAAAGUGAACAAGAAGUGAGAAGAAUAUUAUUAGAGAAACAAAUUUCGCAAGGCCAGACGGCGGUUGAAGAUACCGUUGAAGAAACGCCAUCUUCACCUUUGAAUAUUGAUGAGAAAAUUUCUAUACCAUUAAAGUUGACACAGAAGAAGUCACUGAAAGUUCAGAAGAAGAGGCCAAAGAAGAACAUCUUUAAUUAA